AUGACCAUAACAACGUUAAGUAUCCAUGAAGGUAAGGAUUCAAUAAGUUCUAAUCAUCCUGAAAAGGAUGUGGAAGAAGAACCGACAAUAGAAGAAAUCGCCACACUGGAACAAACUGCAGAACGAAUUCCUCUGGCUGCUUGGCUCUUGAUUCUUUGUCAAUUAUUUGAAGGUUUUACUUAUUUUGGUACAUAUACAAUACUUCAAAAUUAUAUUCAAUUCCCUAUGCCGACAGGAGAUAGUAAACAAGCGGGAGCAUUGGGUGGUGGUCGACAACUAGCUACAGCAGUGACAAUGUCAUAUUCUUGUUUAUGCAAUUUGUCACCAAUUAUUUUAGCCAUUAUUAUCGAUCAGUUUUGGGGAAAAUACAAAACAUUAUGUAUUGCAAGUCUUCUAUACAUUGUGGGUCUUAUUAUACUUGUUCUGACUAGUAUUCCAAUGUCAGUCAACGCAGGAGCAGGACUGCCAGGCCUGUUAUGUGCUUUAUUCUUUAUGGGAAUCGCAGCAGGUGGAUUCAGGACGACAGUGAGUCCAUUUAUGGCUGAACAAUAUACAAGAAAAACGCUAGUAGUCAAAGAUUACAAGGGAAAAAAGAAAAUAAUCAAUCCACAAAUGACAAUUCAAUCUAUGUUCAGUUGGUGUUAUUGGGCAACCAAUGCCGGUUCACUGACUGCAAAAAUUAUAACACCAACAGUCGAAAAAUAUCAUUCAUUUUGGCUUGCUUAUCUUAUUACGCUGAUGACCAUUCCUGGAUGCAUCAUUAUAUUACUUAUUGGUCGUCGUCGAUACAUUCGAGUGCCACCUGUUGGUUCAAUAAUUGUUCGUGCGUUUCGUAUAACAUGGAGAGCUAUAAGAAACCGAUGGAAACUAGGUAAACAAUCGAAUAAUGAACAUUUUUUAGAUUAUGCGAAGGAAACAACAUUAUCUGAUAAAAACAAAAUCGAGAUAAUUAUAUCAAACGAAGUCGAGACAAUCGCACAAAACAAAAUUGAGACAAUUUUACCAGACGAAAUCGAAAUAACUAUGCAAAACGAAGUCGAGAUAAGUACACAAAACAAAAUUGAGACGAUUACACAAAACGAAAUCGAAAUAACUAUACAAAACGAAGUUGAAAUAAUUACACCAAAGAAAGUUGAGACAACUAUUAAAACCGAUAAUCAAUUUAUCAACGACCUCAAACAAACCUUUCGAGCAUGUCGAGUAUUUAUCUUUUUUCCAAUUUUUUGGAUGUGCUAUAAUCAAGCAGUUGCUAAUUUGAUAUCACAAGCUGCACAAAUGAAUGUUGGUCCAAUACCAAACGAUAUUCUACAAACUAUUAAUCCCUUUGUUAUCGUUGUGUUCGUGCCUAUUUUUGACAAAGUUAUCUAUCCUAUUUUAAGAAAAUGCAAGAUAAUACAAAGUCCAAUAGCACGUAUGACUUGUGGCUUUAUUAUUUCCGGUUCAGGAAUAGCAUGGACUGCUUUUAUACAACACUUGAUUUAUUCAACAGGGCCUAAUUUUAAUUAUGCAACGAAACCAUGUUUAACAUGUCAAAAAUAUAACAAUAUAACUGUUGCCUGGCAAAUUCCAUCUUAUUUUCUAUUAGCUAUUGGUGAAAUUCUUGCAGCAAUUACUGGAAUAGAAUAUUCCUAUACAAAUGCACCCAAGUCAAUGAAAUCUAUUGUUAUGUCAUUUUUUCUUUGUACAAAAGCAUUUGGAAGUAUUCUUAAUCUAUCUCUUGUUCCAGUAACUACAGAUCCUCAAGUCUUAUGGAUGUAUACGUCACAAGCUUCGGCUACAUUUGUUAUUGGAAUCAUUUUCUACAUUGUUCUCCGAAAUCAUGAAGAAAAAAGAAUCCCAGUAGAACAAUCGAUACGUAAAGAAUCAAUAUUAAGUGUGGCAAGACUUGAGUAA